CAUUAUCUUGAGCCCCCGCUCUCUCCUGGAGACUAGUUCCGAAAGCCUAACAACGAAGGCGCGGCCUUUCACUCUCGCCGCCUCUCUCUCUUUCUCUCUCUGCUAGGGCUCUCUCUUCCCUCGGCUCCGCGACGGCUGUGAAUCCGCAUCUCUUCCUUCCGACCUCGUCCAUUCCUCCUUGAGGUACAGGCAUCUUAUGUGACAUAACAGUGGCCUAUUGAGCUAUCUAGUAGGAAAUUGUGAAGUUUUUGAAAGCUAAUGGGCACUUGAUAACCAUGCCUGUCACUACCAUUGACUAUCAGUUAUAAUACACUGUCAGGCUAGUUACUGAAAUGGAGCCAUCAAGUAUGGGCCAGACAACCAUGCCGACAGAUCUGGGAUCACAACAGUUGUCCUUGACAAAUGGACAAUCUGCACCGGUUGAUUUAUUACCCAGGUUUCAAAGUGCCGUGCCUGUUAGCUGGGGGUCACAACAGCUCUCAUCAGUGGACGAACAACUAACACAUGCUAUGGUGCAAGCUUCUAUGCCUGUUAAUCUUGGACCAGAUCAUUUAUUAUCCAUGAGUAAACAAUCAACUCAUAUGGAAUCAUCUCAAAGAUCCCAAAUUCCCAUGCCUGUCGUCUUGGGAGUUGAGCGCUUGUCAUCAUCAAACAGGGGACUGUCAGGGACAGAUCCAUCAGUCAACAACCAAACCUCAAUGUCCAUUAAUCUUGGUUCACAUCCAUCAUCAUCAACAAAUAAACGACCUAAACAGCUGGCAGCAUCGUCCAAGAGUCAAAAUGCUAGGCCUGCGAUUCCAGGCUCACAGCAGUUGUCAUCAAAAAACAAACGCCCAGCACAGAUGGAGCCACCACCGAAGGUCCGAUCUGAGUCAUUUGAAUCUGUGAGGUCGAAACUGAGGGAGUCAUUGGCUGCUUCAUUGGCUAUGGUCUCUGGCCAGCAGAACAAAGAAAAAGUUGCAGAAAAGAAUAGUACUCUUAUUGAGGUUGCAAGCACAGAAAGGAAGGGAGAAGUUGCCACUGUGCUAAGUGCAUCAAGCUCUAUAACCUCAAAUAUGUCAUCGCAUGGAACCUUGUCAGAAACAUUGACGUCCAAUGAAUCUGUCCAGAAGCAUGAUGAAGUUAGCUUAACUAAUGAUACCGGAUCCAAUGAAAAUACAGGUGACAGCACAAAAAUAGGGAAAUGCGAUAUGCAAGAAUUUCAAUUGAAGCAUGUUAGCUCAGAUGAAGUGCCAAUUUAUAAUUCUGUUGUCAAAGAUGAACUUUUGCAAGGUCAUGGGCUCUGUUGGGCAUCUGAUCUUGACACUGGGAGUGCUGAAGUUGUGACAAACCAUGACUCAAAAAGGCUGAAAACAGCACAUGAUGAAGUGGGUGGAAAUAAGAAAGAAACAGCACUUCAAAAUGCAGAAAGACUGGCAUUUAGAAUUGAAGCAGAGCUUUUUAGAUUAUUUGGUGGUGUUAAUAAGAAAUACAAAGAAAAGGGUAGGUCUCUUUUGUUUAAUUUAAAAGAUCGUAGUAACCCAGAGUUGAGAGAGCGAGUAUUGUCUGGUGACAUUGCCCCUGAACGUCUAUGUGCCAUGACUGCUGAGGAACUUGCUUCAGAGGAACUUUCACAGUGGCGGUUAGCCAAAGCAGAAGAGCUUGCACAGAUGGUUGUUUUGCCAGAUUCAGAAGUUGAUAUCAGACGCUUGGUGAAGAAAACUCAUAAAGGAGAAUUUCAGGUUGAAGUUGAACAAGUGGAUGGUGUUUCGGUGGAGGUUGAACUUGGGGCUAGCAUUCUCUCUAAAGUUCCAGCAAAACCUCAUGAAGAAUCGCAGAUUCAUUCAAGAGCCAAUGAUAAAAUAGGUCAGAAUUUGUCCAAACCUAAGGAAUAUAAGUCAUCUGAAAGUGUGCAAUCAGCUGAAAAGGCUAAUUCAGCUGACAAAAACCUAUCAAGCAAUUUAGACACGCUUCUGCAUGAGAAAACUGAUCUUAUGCAAGAACUCAUGGUGGAUGAAAUAAAGGAUACAGAGUUGCUUCCUCCAAUAGUUUCUCUGGAUGAGUUCAUGAAGGCUCUAGAUUCUGAACCACCAUUUGAGAAUUUAUCAAUGGAAACAUUACAAGAAAGCCCUAGUUCUGGUGAAAAGAACAUAGAUAGCUUGGAGCCUGAGACAGUUCCUGCAUCGGAGUGUUUGGGACCUAAACAAAAUGCUGCAUCAGAUAGCCUACAGUCGAAGUCAGAUUCUUCAAAAGAUGACUUGGGUUCUAAGUUGGGUCUUGCAGACACCUCUUUAAAGGAUCCCAUGGAAAACACUAAUAACAGUCAUCAAGAAGUGGCUAUGAAGCAUACAAAGACCGAUAAUAACUCGAAGCGUGAUUCUGUUGAUGUUCAGUCGGACACCUGCUUUGCUGAAAUUGCUUUGACAACUGAUAAUAUAUGGGAAGGUGUAAUUCAAUUGAAUAUUUCUUCCCUGGCAACAGUUGUUGGCUCCUUCAGAAGUGGUGAGAAAACAUCUACACAGGAGUGGCCUAGCCUUCUUGAGAUUAAGGGAAGAGUUAGACUGGAUGCUUUUGAAAAGUUCCUCCAAGAGCUUCCUCUAUCUCGAAGCCGUGCAGUUAUGAUUGUCCAGUUCUGUUGGAGGGAUGGUUCUGCCGAGAGUGGUCGCUUGAACCUGUCUGAGACGAUUGAGUCGUACAUUGCAGAUGAGAGAGUAGGAUUUGCUGAGCCUGCCCCGGGAGUGGAAUUAUACUGCUGCCCUCCUCACUCCAGAAUUAUUGAAAUGCUUGGGAGGUGUCUUCCAAACGAGCAUGCGGAGACCCUUCAGUCAACUGUGGAUGGUCUCAUUGGCGUGGUUGUAUGGAGAAGGCCUUAUGUGACUGUAUCACCUAGGUUGUCCUCACACCACAAGCACGGUAGCACGAAGAAACAGUCGAGUUCAAGAAAACAGCAUAAUAUUGAUUCUAGCUCUACUCCUAGAUCGUCAAUCCCAUCCCUCCCUCCAGACACACCUACCAAUCCUGCCCCACCACCCGAGGAUGACACAUUUGAUGAUGUACCCCCUGGCUUUGGUCCAGGGGAUGCUAAGGAGGAAGAUGACCUUCCUGAAUUUCAUUUUGUUCAUGGUAGCUUAAAAGAUUCGGAACCUAUUCCAUCUCAACCUGCUGGGGUGCCUGUGAGCCGUCGGCAUGUGUUGCCACAUGCUCGGCCGGUGGAUCAAAUGAGAGAACUGGUAUACAAAUAUGGGCAGGGUGAGAUUGUAAAGAAACCAUCAAUUGAAAUCCAGCCAUGGAAUGAUGAUGAUGAUGAUGAUAUUCCAGAGUGGCAGCCUAACCCAGAUAACCAUUCACAGGUGCAAGCACCUCUACCUCCCCCUCCACAAUUCAAUGUCUAUCCACAGCAAACUGGGCAGCCUUUCCAAAUGAAUCAGCAUCUAGCAUCAGUUCCACAGCAGCUGCUGCCGUUCCAACCUUACACCCCACCACAGCAGCUUGUAUCGUCGGCUGCACCGCUGCCUAUGCCUCCACAGCAACCCCAGAUUGGAAUGGUGCCUGGCAUCGUAAAUGCACAUCCUGGGAGGCAGCAACCCGGCCUCUGGUUUUCGUCGGCUAGAGGGCCAGCUGAUGUGAGUUUGCCUGUAAAUGGCUUGAUGCAGCCGUCCCUUUAUAGCGCCCAUCCCAGCGAUGCGCAAUUUCAUGCUGUGCCAAACAUAGGAGCCGUGCAGAGUGGGAUGGGAUGGAGGCCGGAUAUUCCUAGGACUAGGAGAGGCGUUUAGCAUCCUCUGGUGUGGCUAUCCACUGGUCAAGUGAUGCUCCCUUUUUGUGUAAUCAAACGUUUUGUAUGAUCUGUAUUCUCCUUUUUAGUCAGCGGCUACAAGGGUAAUAAAUAUGGUUAUAUUAAAGGUAUCUGCCUUUUUUUUCGUUUUAAA